UACCUGAACUGAACUGUGGGAGGCAGCAAUACGCCGAUGGGCGUCUAGUCUGCCGGAAAGCCACAUGAAGAAGAAGAAGAAGAUGAGUCGCCAAUGACUUUAACCCAGGCUUCCGUUUCAGAUGUGGGGCAGACUAUUCAGACCUCUUGUGAUCGGUAGGACGCGUGUAUUGUGGAAGAGCCUCGUUACAAUGCAGCUGAAGACAAGUGAGUUCCAGGUGUUGUUCAACGAUGGACUGAACGAACUCGCAGAAAUAUUUAAGAAGCACCAGUAUGAGCUCAGGAUAGCUGGAGGUGCUGUACGUGACCUAUUGUCUGGGAAGCGGCCUGAUGAUGUGGAUUUUGCCACCACCGCCACCCCGGAGGAGAUGAAGCGAAUGUUCCAAGCUGCUGGGAUAAGGAUGAUCAACAACAAAGGAGAGAAGCAUGGAACUAUUACAGCUCGACUUCACAAUGAAAACUUUGAAGUGACUACAUUGCGUGUGGAUGUUCAAACAGAUGGUCGUCAUGCUGAAGUGGAGUUUACCACCGACUGGCAGAAAGAUUCUGAGAGAAGAGACCUCACUAUCAACUCAAUGUUUUUAGGUCUUGAUGGCACCGUAUAUGAUUAUUUCGAAGGAUAUGAUGACCUACAGAAACGAAAGGUUCGCUUUGUUGGCAGUGCAGAACAAAGGAUCCAAGAGGAUUAUUUAAGAAUACUGCGUUAUUUUAGGUUCUAUGGAAAAGUGGCAUUGAAACCUGAUGAGCAUGAGCCUGAGACACUGGAGGCCAUUCAGGCAAAUGGGUUUGGACUUUCUGGGAUUUCGGGAGAAAGAAUUUGGGUUGAGCUGAAGAAGAUUGUGGUCGGCAACCAUGCUGUUCAGCUGCUGGAGAUGAUGUACAGCCUAGGGCUGGCACAAUACAUUGGUUUACCUCCUAAUGGCAAUGUUGAGGAGAUGAAGCGGGUUUGCCAAAACGCUAAAGGCCACUCUCCCAAGCCUAUGACCAUACUAGCAGCUCUUUGCUGCUUCCCAGAGGAGGUGGAAAAGAUGGACAUCCGACUGAAGGUGUCCAAAGAGGAGAAGACUCUGGCUCAGUUCCUGGUCAAACACAGGAGAGAAAUUUGCAAGGAUGACGACAAGCCAGACAGUCUCAAACCCUUCACUGACUUCAUCAUAGACAGUCGGGAGUUGGACACUCAGAGUAAAUUGUGCGAGCUGCUGAAGUAUCAAGGCGAGCACACGCUGCUGGCCCAGCUCCGCAUGUGGGCCGUCCCUCGCUUGCCCGUCAGCGGACACGAUCUCAGGAAAAUGGGCCUGGUCUCGGGCAAGGAGAUAGGCGCCACUUUACAGAAGCUCCGUGACAUCUGGAAGAAAAGUCAUUAUCAAAUGGACAAAGAAGAGCUCCUCAGUUACGUACAGUCCUAAUGGGCUGCUGCACUUGUCAGAACCAAGGUGUGUGUAUCGUCUGCGUGUGUGUGCGUGUGUCUUUGUGUGUGUGUGGGCACGUGUGUGACCAAGAAUAAGAGUUUGAACUCUGUUCAAUCAAGCUUGUAAUAGCGCAACUCAAGCUUUGUAUUGGAGGAAUCGACUGGACUAUAAUUACCACAGUCAUGCCUGCAAUUUCAUUCUAAUUUCAGAAAUUACACCUAUUAUACAUCUCACAAUGACGUAAAAAGCAGGAAAAUGCACUAUAUUAUAUCAGCCUCACAUUAGGAAAAGAAUCUGUUCACGACAUUGCAUUUCAUUUGUCUGUCAGACGUUUCCUCAAAUACUUGGUAAAAGUGGCUAGUCUUAUCUGCUCACUUCGGUUAUUGGCAAUGUAAAAGCGACAUUUUUUCGUAAUUAUGUACAAUUUCAUUUGACUAUUAUAGCCAACUCUGUAUGACAUUAUUUAUGGUGCACCAGGACUUGGUGGAGGCCUUGCAGUCAAUGUUCAACAUCUGCAUUACUCAUUAUAUUAACAUGCAUAUCCAAAAUAAAAAUGAUCAUAAUGACAUUCC